UUUCUUGAAAAACAUUCGAAAAUGUUGUAAAUCGUUUUCUCGUUCCCCAUUCCAUUCAAAUCACGAGACAGAAGCAGAAAACCCGUGUGAAAUAGAAGAGAAAAAUGGCGUCUUCUGAUAACCUAGCGAGUCUAGUAGAACCUUGGGUGUUCCGUCCGUCUUUCACAGACUCAUGGAUCUCCGAUGCUUUUCUUCGCGAUACUGAAACGUUAACCAAAGCCCUUCAGAAAUCUCUGUCCAACGAGUCGAAAACCCUAACUUCCGAUUCCAACAACAAUAGCGCUUUACUCCAGCUGGUGAAGUCCGAUCCAUCACCAACACCGACAUCGACUAUAUCGGGAUCGGACCCUGAAACGGCACCGAAGCAGCAACGCCGGAACACGAUCGGCACCACCGCCAGUGGAAAGAUCUCGAAGCGCAAGUCACGUGCUUCAAAACGGUCACAGACGACUUUCAUCACAGCCGAUCCAGCUAACUUUCGACAGAUGGUUCAACAAGUGACCGGUAUUGGGUUCUGCAACCCACACCUGCCGGUCGACGCUACUGCAACUCCGGUGUUAAAACCAGAGCCCCAGCGCCUGGGGACCCGGCUCCAAAGCUGCUUGCCUACUCUCGACACGUCCGCAUUCUUGUUGGAACAUCACCAUCAUCAGCAGCAACAACAACAGAUUAUGGGUCCCACGUUGGCGACGGGUCAUGUCUCAUUUGCGCCGGUUGCGGAUGGUGGCGCAGGUUUAGAGUUUGAUUCCUUCCCGAGCUUCCCUACCUUGGAGUCAUGGCGAGGAGUUGUGUAAGGAGGAGAUUUUUUUUUAUUUUUUUUUUUGUUUUUGUUUUUGUUUUUGUUUUUUAUUUUGGGGGGUGUUAUUUUAUGGCCGGUAGUAUUUUGUUCUUUCGUACUUCGUUCUGUACUGAAUCAUUUCCACUGGGAAGCUUUGUUCAUAUUUUUACUCCCAGUUAGGCUUCCCUACCCGGUUUCUUUGUGUCAGAUCUUUAGUGGCAUUAUAGUAAUAUAUAGUGAAUUAAUUGGCAUUUUUGUCAUUCUCUCUGUU